AUGGCGUCUCUCCGUACCUCUGAACAGACGUACACCGCUGUGCACACGCCCCACUGGAAGAUGGAUGUUGAGGCUCUACAGACGGUCUACGUCGAGGCGAUACGGCAAUCCGCAGACAAACAAGUGAGGCGCGACUCGUCCCUGUCCCACUCGUCAUCGGGAUCACGAGUGCCUGAUCGAAACGCCGCGGCUUGGUGCCUAAACUGGGAGAGCCGCCUGUGUGAUCAUUUACGAAUGACCGAAGGCGAACGAACACUGCUACUGCACCAGUCGCCCCGCCAGCACGGCACGCCGGCCGCAGACCGGGAUGGCGGCAGCAUUCGGCAACAGCCUCCUACCAAGCGACGCAAGCCAGAGCCAGCACAGUCCAUUCGAGCUGAAGUGGACCCUCCAAGCGCGGCUUUGGGCUGGUUGAUACAGCUCCAGACCAUUGAGCAAUUAGAAUCAGAUCUGCGUACAUGUACCUGA